GUGACCCAGAGGACAAGGCAAGGGGAAGGGAUGGCAGGAGAGCUCCAGGCAUGGCUGGAGCCAGCAGCUCUGCCUGCACUCUCUGGUGCAGAUCAGAAAGUGACGGUGCCUCGGAACCGCUGAGUUCCGGGACAGCUGUUUGCUCUCAGCCCACGUCACCCAAACACGGAAACACGAAACUGGAUGAGUCACAUUGUUUGUGAAAGCUUUGUGCACCCUUAUCUCAGAUGUCCCCUGAGAGCUGGGGCUUGGCCCGGGACUCCUCCUACCAGGAGUGAGCUGCUGUGAACGGGGAAAGCACGAGGCUCUGGGCUCCCUGGCACCGAGAGCUGAAACUGGCUGGUGGCACGCUGUGCCAGCAGAUCACCCAUCUGCCCCUGGCCCUGGGGGCCUCAGCGGUGCCCGGUGAGCUCCACCUGCCUGACCUGCUGUGGGACACGUCCCUGUGGAGCCCCACCAUCCAGCCAUGCUGCACUUCCUCUGGGACAGCAUCUCCCUCCAGACAGCCCUCAUCUUUCUCCUCGUCUUCCUGCUCAUCACAGACUACAUGAAGAACAGAAAUCCAAAGGAUUUCCCUCCCACCCCCUUCCGCCUUCCCUUUUUGGGGCACCUCUACCUCAUGGACUUCAAAGAUCCUGUGCUCACCGUGGAGAAGCUAAGUAAAAGAUACGGUGACAUCUUUGGCCUGCACAUGGGCAGCAUGAGGGUUGUGAUGGUAAAUGGGAUGCGGCUGAUGAAGGAAGUGCUCGUAAACCAAGGGGACAAGUUCCUGGACCGUCCUGACAUUCCCAUCGACGAGGAGAUCUUCACCAAGAUGGGGCUGAUCACCUCCAACGGGCACCUGUGGAAGGCACAGAGGAGGUUCACCCUGAGCACGCUCCGAAACUUCGGCCUGGGGAAGAGGAGCCUGGAGGAGCGCAUCCAGGAGGAGUGCCGGUACCUCACCGAGGUGUUCCGGGAUGAGCAGGGGAAUCCAUUCAAUCCUCAGCUUAAAAUCACCAAUGCUGUUUCAAAUGUCAUCUGCUCCCUCAUCUUUGGCAAUCGGUUUGAGUACCACGAUGAGGAUUUCCAAAGGCUGCUGAAGCUGAUGAAUGACAUUGCUGUCCUCCAUGGAUCUGUCACAAGCCAGCUGUACAACAACUUCCCAUCUUUAAUGAAGUACUUACCUGGACCCCACCAAACCAUUCUUAAACACUGGAAGAUAGUGAAAAAAUUCAUUCAAGAGCAGAUCAGCAAACACAAGGAGGACUGGAACCCCUCAGAGAGCCGGGACUACAUCGACAGCUACCUGCUGGAGAUCUCCAAGGGCCAUGACAGUGACACCUUCCGGGAUGAGCACCUCCUGGCCUGCACACUCGACCUGACGUUCGCUGGGACUGAGACCACGUCCUCAACCCUCCGCUGGGCUUUGCUCUUCAUGGCCACACACCCAGAAAUUCAAGCGCGGGUGCAAGCCGAGAUCGACGCUGUCAUCGGGCAGGCGCGGCUGCCGGCCCUGGAGGACAGGAACAGCCUGCACUACACCAACGCUGUCAUCCACGAGGUGCAGAGGAGAGGCAACGUCAUCCCCUUCAAUGCGCCCAGAAUGGCAACCGAGGACGCCUACGUGGGUGGCUACUGCAUCCCAAAGGGCAGUCUUGUAAUGGCAAAUCUAACCUCUCUGCUGUGUGACAAGAAUGAGUGGAAAACCCCACAUACUUUUAACCCCGAGCAUUUUCUGAAGGAUGGGAAGUUCUGGAAAAAUGAGUAUUUUCAACCAUUUUCUAUGGGGAAGCGUUCCUGCCUGGGAGAGCUGCUGGCCCGCUCCGAGCUCUUCCUCUUCUUCACAUCCCUGCUCCAGAAAUUCACGUUCCAGGCGCCCCCGGACACGGCGCUCAGCUUCCGCGGCGUGCCGGGCAUCGCGCUGGCCCCCGAGCCCUACAAGAUCUGUGCUGUGCCUCGCUAGGGAGGGCCUGGCCAUCAUCCUCACAGGAAAAUCCUCUGGGGGGGCUGAAAACCAGCCCUUGACAGCUCCAGGGGAGGCUGGGUGGUUUCUUUCUUUCAAAGCAAUUACAAAAUCAUUUCUUUUACAAGCAGACCUUGCACUCUGUAUCCCAUGAUGUUGGGAUCAGCCUGGGAGAUACCAGGGCAUUAUUAGGCUCUCCCUGUAAAUUAAUGAGGGACUUCCCUAAUUUUAUGAGGGAUGGCCAUGGUUCACCUUGGCAAAAUGAGGGACACUUUAGAGACUGCACUUUGGAAGCUGUGGCUGGGUUCAGUAGGAGAGCCAGACCAGCCUCUGUUUUAUAACAUUAACACAAGAAUUAAUUUCACAUUCCCUUAAUAUGUACUUCUCUAAAAAAAGUCACUCUAACACCUGUAACUUACAUCAAUAAAUCUUUAUCAAAACACUUUUGUCAUGAAGUGUUCUGCAAAGUGAAGACCAAUGCAGCCAUGCCCUCCCUGUGUCUCUACCCCUGCACUGCAGGAGGUUGGCACUGUAAAAGCAAAGGCAAUUCCUACAGGAGUGAUGGAAAAAUGAUCCUGGAGCACAGCUGGAAUUACAAUAUGCAAAAUGCUCCCUGUCUCCCUGCCCAGCAUCUCGGGGUGCCCGCUGUGUCCGAGGGCAGCGGGGUGAGCUCCAGCAGCACUCGGUGCGGUUGAGCUGCACUCAACAGUGUGACAAGGAAAAGGUGCCUUGGAAAAUAACAGCAGCAAGUUACUACUGUGAACCAUCAUCUGCACAAUGAAACAGUCCCAAGAUUGGCAACCAAUGGUUAACGCCAGUAACUGCACUGAACUGGGCAACAGCAGCACCACGAGGACCCUGUGGAGGCCCCCAGGGAGAAGCUGCAGCCCCCAGGAGCAGGAAAUCAGCACAGCACCAGGAACACACCUCCAGCUCCUGCUCUCCUGCCGAGGAAAGGAGCAGAAGGCAGCUUUUUCCUCUUUCCAAUUUCCCCUGGAGUACAGCUCACCUCUUCCCAGAGGAAGCAAAUUUCUCCCAGUUGAACACAGAGCUCCUGGCACAGCUCCUUCAGCACCGGCUGCGUGGGGGUUCUGCCACCUCAUUUUCUGUGCCAGUGGAAACAAGAGCUUGGACUGAGAUGCUGUUCCUGGUACUUGAGGCUGUUUCACAGACCAGUAAGGUGCAGAAAUGAGGACACGUGGUGGGACACAAACCCGUUCAUUUAUUAAAUGCACAUUUGUCCCAUCCCACUCCCAGGGAGAGCCUGGUCAGCCCCAGACCUCCACCCCUCCUCCCCUCAUAGCAGCUCCCACACCUCCCCUCACAGAUCAGAGAAACACCAGCCAGGGGCAUUCAACACACGGCUUGGAAUAAAGACACCAAAGAAUUCAUUUUAAAAAUCUUUAUGUGAAUAUAAAAGGAUUUUUCCCAAAGAAAAAAAUACAACCAAAAGUUUAAAAAUUAGUGCAAUUUUUCGAGUUCUAUGUGACACAGUGUUUACAUUUGUUUUAAACAGAAGAUGUAGACACCGAUACACUGAAAACCUCAACUCCACCUUUAGGGGAAGGGGGAAAAGAAACAAGUAAGAAAAUUAUUGUACUAGACACUACCAACUCCUAAACAAUUGUUUGCAUUUUCUAAUUUCUAAACUAUUUAUGGCUAACUAAAUAGAACAUCAGUAUUGCUUAUAUUACUUAUUUCCAAGUAAGUGUAUAUCAUAGAAAAUAGAAUACCCAUAUAUUUUUUU